AUGAAGCAAAGCCAGAUGGAUCACGGCAAUAUGGAUCACGGUGACAUGGAUAUGUGUUCAAUGAACAUGCUGUUCACUUGGAAUUACAAACACACUUGCGUAGUGUUUAAAUGGUGGCACAUUCGUACCGUUUCACAAUUGAUUUUAAGUAUGAUUUUGAUUGCGAUAAUUUCGCAUCUGUAUGAGUAUUUGAAGUACUACGCCGGAAAGUCUGUUGCCGCUGGCGGCUCAGGCAACGGACGGUCUGCAAAAACCACUCGAGCCAGCUGGUACGGCGCACAGGUCGGAUUGUCGUUCAUGCUCAUGCUGGUGUUUAUGACAUUCAAUGGGUGGCUCAUGCUUGCGGUGAUUUUAGGCGCCGCCUGGGGCAAUUAUUCAUGGGGAAAUAGCACGGUUGACAACGGUACGCGGAGUUUGGCGUGUCAUUAA